AUGGCGCGGCCCACGCCCCCCCCCACCGCCGCCGCCGACCCGGAGCUCCCGCUGUCUCUGCCGCCGCCGCCGCUGCCCCGCGGGCCCCCCGCCCCUCCCCGCGCUGACGGCCACCGCCGCCGCCGCCACUUCCUUUUGAAUGAAAAAGGAGAUUUGGAAAUUCUCACUGCCUGGUCAUGGGCUGGUUUCCGUCUGCCCUCGACUUAUCUCGAGGCCUUCAGGCUCGGUUUCUUGGCUCGAGAGCCGGCGGCUGGCCGUCAGGACAGGCGGCGGGGGGCAGCUCGGCGCACCAUCCCAGCCAAGGGCUGGGGAAGGCCCGAGGAAGUCUGGGGAGGCCCAGCUGGAGGCCUGAGGCAGGAGGAGGCACCCCAGCGGGAGGAACCUGGCUCGCUGCCCCGCCACAGACCCCAGAGUCGGCGCCGGCCGCCCGGGGGAGACCCCCCUCUCCUCACCGCCAUCCGGGGCGGAAACGACGCUGCCGUCAAGCAGCGCCGCGCAACUGCCGCAAAACGCGGCGCUCCCAGCACGACCUGCCGCGAAGGCGCUCGGCUCCGUGGGCGGGGCGGGAAGGGCUCUCCGGAGGCGGCGGAGGAGGCAGAGGCUCCGGGCCGGGAUCCCCCCGCCGGGGCCGCGGCGCGGAGCGGGAAGAGGGCCGCCCCCAGCGGGCCCGGAGCUUUGCAGCCGGCGAAGCUGAGCCGGGCCGAGCUCUACAAGCCGCCGACCAGUGAGGAGCUGAGCCAGCUGAAGGAGACGGAGGACCUUUUCCACUCCAGCCUGCUCCGUCUGCAGAUCGAAGAACUUCUGAAGGAGGUGACGUUGAAGGAGACGAAGAAGAAGAAGAUUGAUACUUUCCUCCAUGAAAUUAACACCCUGCUGAGCGCCAUCCCAGAGACCCCAGAAACUGAACUCACUGACCAGACCUGGCUCCCCAAAGCUGUGAAGGUCCCGUUCCUGCAGGUGCCAUUCAACGUGAAGGGGAGGUUCCGCUUCGUGCCCCCAGCUGAGCUGAAGGUGGUGGGCAGCUACCUGCUGGGCACCUGCAUUAAGCCAGAGAUCAACGUGGAUGUGGCAGUGACCAUGCCACAGGAAAUCUUCCAGGACAAAGACAACUUGAAUCAGCGCUACCACCGGAAGAGGGCUCUGUACCUGGCCCACAUCGCCCAGCACUUCUCCAAGGAGAAACUCUUUGGCAGUGUGAAGUUUGCCUACAUGAACAGCAACCAUCUCAAGCCCAUCCUGCUCCUAAGGCCUCAAGGCAAGGAUGAGAAGAUGGUCACUGUCCGAAUCCAUGCCUGUCCUGCCCCGGGUCUCUUCAAACCCAGCCGCUUCUAUCCCAACAAGAACAAUGUCCGAACAGCCUGGUUCAUGGAGCAGAACACCCCCAAAGAAGGAACCACCGAGCCCCCGACUCCGCACUACAACAACUCCAUCCUCUGUGACACGGUGCUGCUGUCCCACCUGCACUUCUUGUCUAGCGCAGCCACUGACUUCCCAGGCAUGAAGGAUGGCCUGGCCCUUCUCAAAGUUUGGCUGAACCAGCGGCAGCUCAGCAAGGGCUUGGGGUGCUUCAGUGGCUUCUUGGUCUCCAUGCUGGUUGCCUACUUGCUGAUGAAACGAAAGAUCGUCAAGAUGAUGAGUGGGUACCAGGUGCUGAGGAGCACCCUUCAGUUCCUGGCCACCACUGACCUGAGUGUGACGGGGAUCAGCCUAGCAAAGGAUGUGGAUUCCUCCCUGCCUGUCCUGGAUGACUUCCACCAGGCAUUUGAAGUGGUCUUUGUGGAUCCCUCUGGCCUGGUGAACCUCUGCGCUGAUAUGACUGCCAGCAAAUACCACCAGGUCCAAUUUGAAGCUAAACGCUCUAUGGAAAUUUUGGAUGAUCGGAUGGUGGACGGCUUUCAGGCGCUGCUCAUGACCUCAAAGCCCAUGCUCAGAGCCUUUGACCAUGUCUUCCACCUGAAGCAUGUCUCCAAGUUGCAGAGUACCUGCAAGAAGAUGCAGCUGCUGAACGAGCUGAUGGAUCGGGGUGGAAACUAUGUGGCCGCAGCCCUUCCCUUCGUUGUCUCGCUGCUGGCCCGUGGGCUGGCUGGGAGAGCACUGCUUGUGGCUCACUCCUUGCCCCAGAUCCCUGAGUGGCCGAUUGAUGCUGAGCCCCCAAAACACAAGGAUGUCGGGUCCCUGACAUUUGGGCUCCUCUUUGACCCAGAAUUUGCUGCCAGUACGCUGGAGAAGGGACCGCAGGCUGAUCACCCUGAGGCCCUGGACUUCCGGACCUUCUGGGGGGAGAAAUCGGAGCUGCGGCGGUUCCAGGACGGCAGCAUCUGUGAGGCAGUGGUGUGGAAGGCUGACACUAUCUGCCAGAAACGCCUCAUUCCGGAGCAGAUCGUCAGGCACCUCCUGAAGCUCCAUGCAGAUAUUCCCGAAUCCUCCAUCUGCUACACCGGAGCCCUCUUGGAGUCUGUGAUCAGGACUGGACAAGAGGCAUCGGGGACGGGCGAAGAGGCCAUGGUCAGUGUCAUCUGCUCCUACGAUGACCUGAGCCGCAAGCUUUGGAACCUGAAGGAGCUGCCGCUGACAGUGACGGCCGUGCAGGGUGUCCAUCCAGCCCUCCGGUACACAGACGUCUUCCCUCCCAUUCCCAUGAAGCCAAUUUAUUCCUCCCAUACCCGACUGAGGAUCAAGAACUUGCUGCUUCCCUCGGAGGAGAAACCCUGCCCGGCCUACAUAGCCCCUUUGAAGAUUAUCUGCCACAUGGAAGGCAGUGGCCAGUGGCCGCAGGACAAAGAAGCCAUCAAGCGCAUCAAAGCAGCUUUCCACCUCCAGCUGGCUGAGCUCCUCCACCAGCAGCAUCAGCUGGUUUGCAGACCGGCGGUCACCCAUACUGAUGUGUACAAGGAUGGCUACGUUUUCCGUCUCCAAGUAGCCUACCAUCGGGAGCCCCUGAUCUUGAAGGAAGUGGUCACCCCAGAAGGGAUGCUGAAGUACCAGGACACAGAGGAGUCUCGGCAGCUGGAGAUGGAGAUACUGCAUCUGCCCUAUCUAACCAGCUCCCUCCAUGGGCUCCAGCAGCAGCACCCUGUCUUUGGCAGCACUUGCCGUCUGGCCAAGCGCUGGGUCAGCGCACAGCUCCUGAGUGACAGCAUCUCUGAGGAGUGUGUGGACCUCCUUGUGGCAUUUCUGUUCCUCCAUCCGGCCCCCUUCACACCACCCAGCUCUCCUCAGGUAGGGUUCCUGCGCUUCCUCGACCUGUUGGCAACCUUUGACUGGAAAAACAACCCUCUGAUUGUCAACCUGAACACCGGCCUCACAGACACUGACUGCACAGAGAUCAAGAACAAGUUUGUGGCUGCUCGUGCUCGCCUCCCUGUCAUGUUUAUAGCCACCCCCAAAGACCAGUGGACCUCCAUGUGGACCCAAGAUCGACCCUCAGCACAGAUUCUGCAACGCCUUGUUGUGCUAGCCUCAGAGUCUCUCCGUGCCCUGGAGGAGCAGCUCAUGGACCCGCUCAACAGUCAGGAUGUGAAGAUGGUCUUCCGCCCUCCUUUGGACUUCUAUGACGUACUAAUCCACCUGAAUCCAAACCAGAUUCCUCGGCAUCUGGAGAGUGUGGACCGGCCACUAAAGUCAUUUUCCCGGGGUGUGGUGAAGAACAGCACUGCUGUGAAGAUCCUCUUUCCUGUGGUGGACUAUGACCCUGUACAGUGCUACCUGCAGGAGCUGAGAGAUGCCUUCAGUGAUCUUGCCUUGUUCUUCUAUGACAAGCAUGGAGGGGAAGUGAUUGCAGUUUUGUGGAAACCUUUGAGCUUCCAGCCUCAGCCUUUUAAGGUCUCCAACGUGAAAGGAAGGAUGGUGACAACUCUCAACAACGAGCUCGUCUGUGUUCCCAAUGUGGAGGCAAUUCUGGAGGACUUUGAGGUUUUGGGAGAAGGGCUGGUCAAAAGCGUGGAAGCUCGUACAGAGAAAUGGACUAUCUGAGGCCACUGAGAGGUGUCAGAGGGACCUGUCCUGAAGCAGAGUUGGUUCACUCUGGGACUGUUCCUUUUUAUAAAUCAGUCCUAGGAAGAGCUUUCAGCUUUUUAAAUCCCAGAACUGUGUGUUUUACUCUAUUUAUCUUUAUAUGCCUUGUUCAGAAAAGCAGAGCCUGUUUUUGUUUUCAAGAAUACAAAUGUCUUUUUAUUUUGAAGAAAAUAUAAAGAUGGGAUAAAGAUUUUGAAA